AGCAACCGGCACACGCCCGACAGCCAAACGACGCGAGCACCGGUCUCUGGCUGCUCAGUAAACUGCUCUAUUAUCAUGGCUACGCAUUCGAGCUUCGAGAUACGACCUUGCUGCAUCAUCUGUUAACAACAACUGACUCUAUUGUUCACUAGCCCAAUGCUACCGUAACACUCUAGCCUCUUCAUCUGCACCAAGGCUCUACAUUUUCUUCAAAUAUUUGACCUAUCUCGUUCUUGAGCUUGGGCGUCAAUGACUGCUCUGUUGGAUGCAUCAGAUUACAGCCACUUUAGCGCUCCCGGACGAAGAUUCUCCAUUCGCAUGCGCCUUCGAGGAUUACGUUGUUCUAUGGGGCAAACAUGCCGAUACUGAUUUUGCUGCUCAGGCUGACGCGUCUGUGGCGUGGGAACAUAUCCUGAUUCUGCUCAUCGCUCCAAUUAUAUGCGCCGAUACCUCCAAUACUCAGUCACGAGCGCGACAAAAUACAGUGAAAUAUUUUAAAUCGGGACCGGCACAUGCUAGCGGUACUUUCUGCGAGGUGUCUCAAACUUUCAACGCCAACCCUGAUACUUACACUCGAAGCAUCUCGACCAUCUGUGUCGACCAGACCCUUAACAUCGGCGUCGGUGUCCCUGAAAUCGCUGGUGUCUGCUUACACGCCCUCGGCUUCGUUACGAGGAUAGGGAUUGUAGCAUGGUAUACACUUCUCCUGGUCAAGGUCUGGACUUACAGGGAUCGUCAACGUCGACUGGGUCGUAGCUACUCAGACUCUCGUCAGCAAACCAUUCGCUUUAGCAUUUUUCUAUCCGUCUGUAUCAUUCACCCACGCUCGAAACGCUUACUUCUCCGCCUUCCCCUAGACUUGGAGGCUGGUGUACCAAUUAUUUUUGUUAUUAUCAAUAUCUCAAAUAUCGUUGCUACCCUUCUUUCGGUAUCGCAUAGAACCAAGUACAUGGUACAAUCUCUGGUAUCUCUCGGCUCUCUUACUAUUCGUUCCAGUGCCUUGGAAACGGCCUUCCUGUGGGUCUCCGCGGUGAUACAAAACUCGGACGGAGCGCUCGGGAGAGGUGAAACAUUGCUUGACGACGCCGUUAUUCACGCGUAG